GAGAAAUAUAAUAUUAUAAAUAAAAAUGUUCAACCUCUGGUCAUUGAGGAACAACUACUGGAAAAAUGGUACCCAGUGGAUGGGAAGAAUCGUCGCCAGGGCAAUGGGCGAACACAACUACGAGCUCGUCAGGCUCGAGAAGAGAAUCGCCUAUGCCAACUAUUAUUAUGUCAAACAGUACAUCCUGAAUAAGCUGUCGUUUGAAGCUCCAGAUGUAGUCAACGCAUUCGGUGUGUUGCAAAAAGAAGACACCAGUCACGGGUUCCCAUUCUACAGACCCCAUGAAAGAAACUCAGAUUUUGCUCUUUACAACGUCAACUCAGAAGGUUGGUUCCAGAUGUGGUCAGUAAUCGCAGCUAUUUUCGUGGUAGGAAAUUGGUAUUGGAUUGCCGAUCAACACUUCAGUAUCAGUUCAUCUAACAUUGACGAUGAUGAUUUACUCAGAUUAAAAGACGCGAAGGCUACAAUGAUUUGGGAAAGAGUAUUUUGGUCGUUUACCUUCACUCUGCAUGGACAACAUGCUGCUGCAUUUGUUCGUGAGUUAAAAUUCUACACUUUGACUCCUGAUAACCCACAAUUAAAUGUAAGAGCUUCCUUCAACAGGAAGAAUCCAUAUGGAACUGAUAGAUACUUUAAAGGAUGGGGAGAAAUGAGGGACAUGAGACUUCUAUAAGGAUUAU